AUGCAUUUGACGCUUUCGGUGCCGAUCACGAUAAUUGGAUACGAUAUUUACAACAACACCCCAGUUUAUUGGUUCUAUCGGUCGGCCGUAGCCUAUGAAUAUGUUAAUUUUAAGACAUCAAUGAUGCUCGUCCUAUUUGCCACGCUGAAUUCGAUAACGAUAUUCAUGUUCCCGCGCAUCAAUGAUCGAGUCUUUGGCGGGAAAAUGGUUAAUAUCCUCCUCACUCUAAUUUGGAUGAUGUCAAUUGCCGAGACGUGCGUCGAGACAUUUACAGACUGCGAUAAAUCUUUUCGGGCUGAGGACCUGUCCUUCUUCUACAGUUGCACUGAAGAACAAGCGAAAACCUUCCAAUUCCAUAACUUUGACGUGUUCCAACGACUCGGCUAUCCGAUUACGAUACUGUUUACGAAUAUUCUACUUUUUGCUUGCAAAGAAAUGCGCGUCGAAAGCAUCGUGGUGGAAUGGUGUUACUGGCCCAGGGUGUGU